UCCAGGAGGAAUUGAUGUGAAAGAACUUAAUGAAAAGUUUGCUAUGGACAAUGUGGCAAGUUGUGCUUUUGGAAUUGACGUAGAAUAGCUUCAAGACCAAGAUUCUGAUUUUAUUCGAGCAGCAAAAAAGAUUUUCGAGCCUUCAUUCUCAAACAUGAUUAAAUUUCUAUUAACAUUCAUGGCGCCUACAAUAACUAAAAUUCUUAAAUUUCGUAUAAUGCCUCCAGAAACUGCAAAUUUCAUGAGUCAAAUAGUAAAUCAAAACAUCAAAUACCGAGAAGAGCACAACAUCACUAGAGAUGAUUUCUUACAAGGCAUGUUGAACUCAAGAAGCAAAACCCAAGGCGAAUUUCCACCUUUGACCAAUAUGGAAAUGACUGGACAUGCCGUAUCUUUUCUCACAGAUGGUUAUGAAACAUCCAGUGGUGUUAUGGCAUUCACAUUUUACGUAGCCAAGUAUAAGGAUAUCCAAAACAAAUUGCGUAAAGAAAUUGAAGAAGUUUUGAACAAACAUGAUGGACAAAUGACUUAUGAAGCUAUUAUGGAAAUGUCGUAUCUUGAGAAAGUUAUUUAUGAGACCAUGAGAAUGUACCCUCCAGCUUUGAUGCUACAGAAAAGAUGCACUCAAGAAUGCACUUUGCCUGGUAAAUCAUCCGAAGACAUUACCCUGCAUCCAGGAGAUGCUGUUGUAAUUCCUGUCUAUUCUAUUCAUCAUGAUCCAGAAUUUUAUUCAGAUCCAGAAAAAUUUGACCCUGAAAGAUUCACUGAAGAAGAGAAAACAUCGAGACAUUCAUAUGCAUUUUUAGGAUUUGGUGCAGGUCCAAGGACCUGUUUAGGAAUGCGUUUCGCUCUUUUGCAAAUGAAAGUUGCAUUGAUGUCUGCUGUUAAAAACUUUGAAUUAUCUGUAAAUUCGAAAACAAAGGAGCCACUAGUAUUCGACAGCAAGUCGUUUACUUUGAGAGCCAAGGAUGGUUUAUGGAUAGAUUUCAAAAAGCUGUGA